UCGAUAACGAUUCUUGCAAAUUCGAUAACUUUGUGUUGUUUACCUUUUUACUUGGCAAAUUGAGUAUAUAAAUAAAUGGCCAGCAGGGAAACAGAUGCAGUCAAGGAGUAUCUCACCGAUCUCGUGGUGCCGCACAAACGCUGCAAUGUCAACAUCAUACCCGAUCACAUCACCAUGCUGCAUGGCACCAAAAACAAACAACAAAUCAGUCGCAAACGUCGCGCGCACAAACAAAACACGUUGACCAGAAAACAAUACGCUGAAUUGGGCCUAAAUACGCUGCCCAGGAAACAGUUAAAAUAUGAACAGAUACUGCCGCUGCAUAAACUCUGGCGUGGUUACAUUAAGGAGCAUCUGGGGCUGCGGGAGGGGGAACAGGUGCCGCAGCUGCACGAAAAGCGAUACGAUGAAUUCAGCAGACAGUUGGUCAAAAUGGAUUUGCAUGGCGCCAAAUUGCGUGUGUUGCAGUCCAAGUGCGAAACUCUAAUUGGAUUAAAUGGCAUUUGUGUCAUGGACACGAAGAAUGUGCUAAAACUGCUCGGCGCGGAUGAUCAGCUGCGAACGGUGCCGAAAAGUGAAUGCGUCUUCGGCAUGCAGCUGGGCAACAUGGAGUUCACAAUAUUCGGACAACAUCUCAACAUGCGGCCAGCGGAGCGAAGCGUCAAAAAAAUCAAGAGCUGCGUGGAGCCAUUUAUGUAGCCACUGUAGACAGUGCUGACACCACUAGCCA